AUGCGGGGCUCUGCUCAGACGGACAGUAGUUCCCUAGCUACUCGUGGGACAUACAUGGAAAAAAAUCAAACAUUUUUAAUUAAACUCGUUGCAUCAGGGAGGGACCAGACUGAUGUUAAUACCUUGACAACUGGAACAAGUAAAAAAGACGACCAUCAUGCUCUGGGAAAAAAACCGACUGAAGAGCUAGUAAACCCUAUUGGAGACAAAAUGGAAACCGAGACUGAAAACACUAAUGCUGAGGUAUUUUACGAUCCUAAUCAGGAUGGAGGAAACAAUGGAACCAUGGACGGGAAAACAAUAGACAGAACAACACAAAAUAAUGAAUCAGGCGUAUUUAAGAGAAAAGAUUCUAUCUUUAGAACCCCUCCCCCUCUUCGUAGGGCGGACUCUCUAAACCUAGAAAACACUAGUCAAGAACCGAAACGAAAACGCGACGAUACACCGGAGAAAACAAAAACUGAAUUUGAAAUAUUUAUUAAGAAGAUGGAAACGGAACGAAACAAACUUACGGAUCUUAUCAAAAAAGCGACAGAACAAACGCAGCAAUUAGCAUCGCUGAUCACUACUAUCCCAAACACAAAAAAGGAAAUUAAAAAUGCUAUCCACAAAGUGGAGUCAUACACACAAAAAAUGACUGAGAACACUGGCUUUAUAGACCAACUUAUAGAAGAACUACACGCGCCCUCAAGCAAAAGGACCACCGUCGCUCCUAAGAAAAUCAUGUGUGAAAUGGGCACACAAACGGUCAGUAACCAACAGCUGGAAAAAGAAAGGCGUGUCAUGAAUAUUGAAAAGGCUAUGGACCUUGAGAUGGAUGAUGACCGACUUCAAGAGGAACUGGAACUGCAAUGGCCAGAAGAUGCGUUCAAAAAAUGUAAAAUUCACAAAGAAGCAAUAACCGGAGAGGAAGAAAACCUUUUAUUUAUUAUGAAAGCAGGAGAGACUAAGAAUAACCUACUCUUAAGAAAGCUCAAGGAGAGAAACCCCCAGCUCAGAAAAUAUGUUGAAGAAAAUAAAUUAAGUGUUGGUAAUAUGGUCGGAGGAAUCGCUAAAAGUGGAAUUUUCGGUGACAAAAUGGCCGAAAGUGCAGUAGAGCUAAUCACGUAUAUUGCAUUAACAGAAGGUCUAAACACAGUCGUAGAUCGAAUUAAAAUGAAAGAAAACCUGGUUAAAAUUAAGCAAAGCGCCGAUAGAAAGCCGUUGAGCCAUAUAUGGUGUCUUAUAGACCAAAACAUUUCCUAUGGAGUCGCUCGAAAUACCCUUGAGUAUAUAGGAAGAAAGUUAGACAUUAGCUUUAAAGUUGUUACGGGUAAAAAUAGAGCCCACACAGUCGACGGAGACGAAGAAAUUAAUUGGGAGCUAGUAAAAAGUAAAAGGGAAAAUAACGAGGAAACCAUACUAAUAAAACCGACAGGAAAUGCCUCCUUCGCGGACAUACUCAAGGAUAUGAAAAAAGACAUAAAAACCGAAGGGAUCACGAUAGAAAGGAUCAAUAAAACAAGCAGCGGGAACCUGCAAUUAAAAAUAAGAGGAAAGGAUGAGAAAGAUAGGAAGACAUUCACGACUGCACUGAACACAACUCUAAGCAACGUCGCGCAGGUAGACGUAAAAACAAAAGGAAAAACCUUUAUGAUCCUGGACAUAGAUGAGACCGUCAGGGAAGAAGAUAUAAGGCAGGUACUGAAAAGAGAAAUGAAUAACGACAACUUUGUGGAUGAAUCCCACAUUAAACUAGCUGAGAAAGCCAAUAAUAAAGGAUACAAAUAUGCUUUUAUAACAAUGCAGCCGGAUGCGGCUGGCUACAUAACAAGAAAGAAAAGGAUUGGAGAAGGAUGGAACCGAUGGAGAAUAAGAGAGCUGGAUCCAGUGGAAAGAUGCCGUAAGUGCCAUAGGAUAGGACAUAGAGGAGAACACUACCAGUGGAACGAAGAUAGUGACCCAUCUGUCAGAAGAAACUCGCUAAGAAGAACACCUACUAGGACACUAAGUAUUACUAGUGUUAGCGAUGAAGAUGACAAUACGGCAGGGGAAAAAAGAAAACGAAUUGGGACACCAGUAAAAAGCGAUGCAGAGAAAAAAGACUUAAUCCGAAGGGCGGAAAGCGAAUACUUAGUACUAAAGGAUAUCAUUAAAAAGAUGACGGAAGAAACGAAAACGCUUAGAACAAUGAUUACGGAAAUACCAAACACAAAAAAGGAAAUAAAAAACGCUAUAAAGAAAAUGGACAAUUUAACAAAGAAAUUACCAAUGGCUACAGACAUAGUGGCAGAACUGAUGGAGGAGAUAAAAACGGAGGAAACCCGGGAAAAAAGAGAGAGGACCGAGACUAACUUACAUCAUGAAAAUAAAGUAGAAACAAAAGAAAUAAGCAUCCAAACUGACCCUAUCCAAGAUAGCACAAGAAUGCAGGCGGAGACCAAAGAAAUUGCCACGCAAACACUAUCACAGAAAGAAGAGGAAGAGCAAGAAAUUAAGAAGCGAAUAGAAAACGAGAUUGGCAAGAAAUUGACAGAAAACGAAUUAAAAGAUUUAUUCGACCUGCCUUGGCCAGAGGACAUAUAUAGAUGUUGUACCCUGAAAAAACCGGAAGCAGACGACAAAGACCUAGAGGAUAUAGUAAUCUUUAUGAAUAAGGGAGAAGCCGUAGAAAAUAAGGUAAUAAAGGCAGCCAUGGCCAGGAAUCCGCAACUGGAAAGGGUAAUAAAAGAGGACAAAAUAGAAGCAGGCAGAAUGUUCUGCAGCGUGACAACCAACGGAAUAAUAGGGGAUGAAAAUGAGGUAGAAGAUAGUACCAACAGAUACAUGUAUCUGAUUGUACUAGAGAAUGGUGGUAAGACAAGUGCAGACAGGGAAAAUCUAGAUGGGAAUAUAGAGAAAGUGAUAAGGCUAAUGGAAAAAAAUGGGGGUGUAAACACCGUAGCCAUUACUAGUGAACAGGUGGAGGAAGAAAAUGUCAGGAAAAUGCUGGAAUACAAGCUCAGAAGAGAGAAUAAGAAAAUACCUCUGUACGAAAAGAAAUCAAAAACAUGGUGGAAGGACGCUAAAAGACCGAAAGAACAAAAUAGGGAUACUUUCAUAAUAAAACCACACACAGGUACAACUUAUGCUGACCUAAUAAAAAACAUGAAGAGGGAAGUAAAUGCUAAACAGAUCAUGAUUGAAAGGAUAAACAAAACAGAAAAAGGUGAUAUAUACGUUAAAAUCAAGGAUAAAGAUGAAAAAAAUAGGCAAAGGUUUAAAGAUGAACUAACCCAGAAGCUAGACAAUAUCGCUACAGUAAGUGUCAGACAGAGAAACAAAACAGUCAUGAUGUUAGAUAUAGACGAUACGGUGGAAGAGCAAGAAAUACGCGAUGCUAUACAUAUGGAACUGACGGAGCUUGGUGAACCGCAAACCGAUAUCCAGAUUAAACUGUCGGAGAAAGCAAAUAAAUAUGGCGUCAGAUAUGCCUUUAUAACGAUACAGGAAAACGGGGCCAACUUGUUAAUUAGAAGAAAUGUCAUAGGAGACGGCUGGAAUAGAUGGAGAAUAAGAGAGAUCAUUAACCCGUCAAAAUGUUAUAAAUGCCAUAGGGUAGGUCAUAAGGCUAAGGAAUGUACAGUGGAAGAAAGGGAAAGUACUUGUCAUAAGUGCGGAAAAAUGGGGCAUCUUAAAAAAGACUGCAAGAACGAGCCACGGUGCUACUUAUGCAAAGAAGAAGGACAUGAUAAAGAUGAAAAAAAUAGGCAAAGGUUUAAAGAUGAACUAACCCAGAAGCUAGACAAUAUCGCUACAGUAAGUGUCAGACAGAGAAACAAAACAGUCAUGAUGUUAGAUAUAGACGAUACGGUGGAAGAGCAAGAAAUACGCGAUGCUAUACAUAUGGAACUGACGGAGCUUGGUGAACCGCAAACCGAUAUCCAGAUUAAACUGUCGGAGAAAGCAAAUAAAUAUGGCGUCAGAUAUGCCUUUAUAACGAUACAGGAAAACGGGGCCAACUUGUUAAUUAGAAGAAAUGUCAUAGGAGACGGCUGGAAUAGAUGGAGAAUAAGAGAGAUCAUUAACCCGUCAAAAUGUUAUAAAUGCCAUAGGGUAGGUCAUAAGGCUAAGGAAUGUACAGUGGAAGAAAGGGAAAGUACUUGUCAUAAGUGCGGAAAAAUGGGGCAUCUUAAAAAAGACUGCAAGAACGAGCCACGGUGCUACUUAUGCAAAGAAGAAGGACAUAUUCACAUACAAACCACAAAUAAUUUCAUCAAUAUGUUACGUAGACAAGGUUUGCCUCCUCUAGCAAGUAUUCCUUACCUAUUACAAAUAAAAAAGGAAUAA